GCGGUUCUAUCGUUACCAUGGAUACACUCGCCGUGUACACGUCAGUAUUGCAAACACUGGCAAGUUUACGAAGGUGUCUGUCAACGGUUUUCAAGCACCCUUUAGAGUGAGCGAUGCAAGGGUGUGUGGUCCGUCUUCAUAGCGUGCUCUUUGGGGGAGAUUUAAGCGCUCAGCCCAUCAAAAUCAACUUCCGGCAGCUCUUCCGAACCACAGAUGCUCCUGAAAUCCUGCCUUCGAUAAAAAAUGAGGAUGUUCUGAGGGCAGUGGUGGCUCUGCUGGACACACACUUGCCUGAUGUUGGCCCCAGAGACGUUCACGAAACAGUACAUUGCCCUGGGGUACAGACCCUUAUUUUGGCAAGGGACCAUGCAGAUGUUUUGGAGGAGUAUAGAGGAAAAAGACCCAGGAUCAAGGGAAGAUGUUUGGUUCCAGUACCCUGUACUACAGCAGAGAGAGCCGAGAGAGAUUCCACACACAAUCUGCUCUCCAAGCUAUACAGUGAUUCGGAAGAAAGCCAAGGUGAAAUCUCUGAGGAAAGCUCAGAGGAGACUUCAGAAGAGGACACUACUAACAGAGAUAUGGAUAUAGAGGCAGGGGUGAGCGAGUGGAGAGCAAGGACUAAAGCGAUAGAGAGGUGGUCUUGGGAUCGAUUCCGUGAUGGCCUACAGGAGUUUGUUGAAGGAGCGAGGAAUAGGAGAGAGAUAAGGAAACGAGAAGUAGAAGAGAUCCCAGCAUCUGCAAUAGGAGCUGAAUCUCUGAUCAUGGCUGCUGCUUGCUACGAGUUCAAGUCACUGUCUACGGGAGACACGGCGCUUCAACUUUCCCUUUUGGCUGUUAGGAAACGUUUCUGGCAUCUCGGCAUUGGCGGUUACAUCAUGAAGCUCUUGAAGACUCAGUCUAUGGUCGGACAAUAUGAUGUACUUGUUGUCCACGCUGACAGCGAUGCAGUGGGUUUCUUUAAAGGCCACGAGCUCACAGACGACCUCAUGCUCAAUGACAAAUACAAAGAGCUAAAAGAUGAUUGGACCAACAGUAUUCUGAUGAGCUACCUGCCACCCUUUACCACAGAUUUACAGAUGAGAAAUCCUGGUUUCUCCCUAAAUUUCACAGAGUUGGAGAUGGAUCUACAAAUAGCAGGGUCGCAAGCUCUCUCUGCCUAUCAGCAACAGAUGAUAUGUGUGACCAGGCUAAUAAGAGAAGUCAAGACAUUACGCACACAGCUUGAUACACAGCGCGAAGUAGUGGAACGCCUUCAUUCCCGUCUAGAGCACGAGAGACAAACACGUAGGAAAAUAGAGCACAGAUUCUUGAUGUACAAGCUAAAGAACGCAAAACAACUGUUAGGCAAUACUGAGUCAGACUCAGAUGCCGUACUGUCUCUGUGCUUUCCAGAUGUUCAGGAAGAUGAUAACCAUGAGCAUUUAAGUACAGAAGAACAAGAGGUAGAGCAGUCAGAUGAACCAUCUAUCCAAACACCAGAGGGCGCUAAUUGCUCAUACCGCUAAAUCGGACUCAGAAAAUAAAAACUGUGCUCUCGGGAUGUAAAACAUAGUACUGUAUGUGCAUUUAUUUAUUUACUUUUAAAAGAUUUAUUAAAAGUUAAAUGUGUUUUAAUAAUUUAAAUUAUAUAAUAAUAAUAUAAAAAUUACGCCUGUUUGUUAUUUGUUCUCAUUUUUUCAGAUUUAAGGGCUUUAUUGUUGUUUGGCCAUUUUUUGGUAAGGUUGUUAUUUAUGUAUUACGUCAAUUUAUGAAAACACCAUAGGGCGCUGAAUGAUAAAAUUGUGCUCCAGUGAUGUGCUAUCCUAUCUCACGGUAAGUCGUGUUAUAGUCACGAAAUAUUUGAUUAAUUCGUGUUCUUGAAACGAUUUUUCGCCGUUUUUUGUGCCAUUGAGCACAAAUGUCUUCUUCGUGUCACCCACCACGAAUUUCUAUAAAUAGUUUUUCGUGUCUGUGGCAUGACUUUCUUAUUGAGCCCCUAAGGGGACAUUGGAGUAAAAAAAUCUAAAGUAUAGUUUAUGUGCUCACGUGAAAGUUUCGCGUGCUCACGUGAAAGUUUUGCGUGCGCACGUGAAAGUUUCGCGUGAGCACGUGAAAGUUUCGUGUGAGCACGCGAAAGUUUCACGUGAGCACGCGAAAGUUUCACGUGCACGCGCAAAACUAAAUUCGACCGUUUCACGUGCGCACACGAAACUAAACUUUAUUUAAUUUUUGCUCCAUCUCCCCUUAGGUGCUCCGUAUUUUCUUAAUCGUGUCAUUUUAUAUUUUGUUUUCUCAUUGUUUUUCAAUCAUUGUCGCUUUGGGUUGGGGUUAGAUUUGGGGUUAGGAUAUAAUUUUAUGUAUUGGUUUCUACAUGUUUUCUUCCGCUUUUAAAACAAUUCUCACAAAAAAAAUUGAAUGAGAAAGUCAUUCUAACCCCAAUCGACAAUGGUAAAAAAUAAGAAAAAACAAUGAGAAAACAAAAUAUAAAAUGACACGAUAAAGAAAGUCGUGCCACAGACACGAAAAACUAUUUAUAGAAAUUUCGUGUUGGGUGACACGAAAAAAAAACAGCGGAAAAUCGUGUAAAUAACACAAAUAAAUUAAUCAAAUAUUUUGUGACUAUAACACGACUUGCCGUGAGAUUGGGUUGCGAUGUAACAUGUAAUAUUGAAUGUGCAUUUAUUUAUGUACUUUUACAAGUUAAAUGUUUUAAUAAUCUAAAUUAUUUAGUAUUGUUUAGCUUUAGUAGCUCCGAAAGAGUUUUUAUUUAUACAUAUGACACCUGUUUGUCAUUUGUUCUCCACUUUCACAUGUUAUGGCCUUUUUGGCCCUCUUGGCCUUUUUGUUUUUGUAAUGUCGAGAGCCACUUUCUUAGUCAAAAUAAAAACUUUUGGAAAUAUA